AUGGCAAAAUUGACCACUGGGGCUACUACCGAGGUAGCUAGUGCUGGCGAGGGAACCUUGACUGGACUUGCAAAGAGGGGCAAUGAGGUGGACGCUGAGGCAGCCUGUGCCAAGGCAGUUGGAAUUGAGGUGUCUAGGUUCGAGGAGUUCGGUGUAGGCAGAGAGCCCGUCAUUGGGUUGUUUGAUUUUUUUGCCACCUCUUCACCUAUCAUAGAGUCAUUGAAGACCCCUUUAUCACUUCGAUUGCUAAAGAGGUUUCUAAGUGUCGCGAAGAAUGGUGCGACGCAAGGUUGUUGCGACUCCAAGUUCCUUAAUGACUAUGCCUUGUCUUCCUACAAAAUGAGCCCCUAG